UCGGGCUGUUUUACAGUGACUGACUUUGAGUUCGAGUGGGUUUCUUUCGCGGCGAGAUGGCGAAAACGGCGUCAUUCAUUUUGUGUACUUUCCUCCUCUUAGGAACACUAACUCUGAUCCAGGCCAAGAAGUCGAAGGAGAAUCUGAAAGAAGUGACUCAUAAAGUUUACUUCGAUGUUGAAAUUGACGGCAAGGCUGCUGGUCGUAUUGAGAUGGGUCUUUUCGGGAAGGCUGUUCCUAAAACCGCUGAAAAUUUCCGAGCAUUGUGCACUGGUGAGAAGGGUGUUGGGCACAGCGGAAAACCCCUGCACUACAAGGGUAGUGCGUUCCACAGGAUCAUUCCCAGCUUCAUGAUUCAAGGAGGUGACUUUACCCUCGGCGAUGGAAGAGGUGGAGAAUCAAUCUACGGAGAGAAGUUCGCCGACGAGAAUUUCAAGCUGAAGCAUACAGGGCCAGGGCUUCUGUCUAUGGCAAACGCUGGUCCAGACACAAAUGGCUCACAAUUCUUCAUCACGACAGUCACAACUAGCUGGUUGGAUGGUAGACACGUUGUAUUCGGAAAGGUGCUCUCUGGGAUGGACGUGGUUUACAAAAUAGAAGCCGAGGGAAGGCAAAACGGAACCCCUAAGAGCAAAGUUGUGAUUGCCGACAGCGGUGAGCUCCCUCUAUGAUUGACAUCUGGUCUUUGUUUUAUACCUCUCAGCAUAGCAUAUCCCCCAAUAUCCAACCCUCACGCACUGUGCUUUUCUUUCUUGUACUGUUUACGGUAGAAUUGGUGCACAUGUCACGGAUCUCUUAAUUAAUGUUUUAUGCUCCCAAUUUACCAUCUUUUAUAGCCA